AUGUCCAAGAUAACAUAUUUCCUGUCUGUCUCGUUCAUUCGCUCCCCUCCUGGCUAUAAAUUUCUGGGACACUUGUCUUCGGGAAAACUUCUUCCAGUUUUUUGGGCACCAGACAACACCCCAGGUGUUUUGGAACGUAGCAGGGAGACGGGUUUUGGACCAUGGCUGCUGCUCUGCUGCUGAUCAGAUAUUGUGUGCUUUUCACAUUUUGGACAUUGUCAGAUGCAAAAAUCGAGAUUGUUGCCGGCGAACCAGAUGUAAAGGUGAACGACCGUUAUCUUUUGCUGUGCAAAGCUGGGGGAGAAGGAACCAUCACUUGGUUUUUCAAUGACGAGGAGGUCGAAGAGGACAAUGAAGACUUCUUGACUGAGAAACUUGACGAAACAUCAAGUAAGCUUAUAAUAAACGCAGCCAAGCUCAGUAACACAGGGACGUAUACCUGUAAAUGUGAAUAUGACAGUGGUGGAGACAAGGAGACAAGCGCUGACGUCUUUGUUUAUGAGCCAAUUACCUUCGGCAAGACGGCAACCUACCAUGAGUUCUUAAAAGGUGGACAAGCGCUCAUCCCCUGUGUUGCCACUGGGAAGCCUGCAGUGGAGGUCCAGUGGUACCGGAGCAGCACUCAGCUGGGUACUGAUGGUAUGAGGGGCACUCUCGCCACGGCCUCUUCUGGUUUCUUCUGUGGAAAACCAAGGAUCACUGUCCGACCAGACAACAUCCUUCAGAUUGAUGAUAUUCAGAGGGAAGACAGGGGCACUUAUACCUGCAAAGCCUUUAUAAAAGGCCGUCCAUUAUUUGAGACGCUAGAUAUCUCUGUUGUCGUCAACACACAGCCAGUAGUGGAAAUACACGAGAAACAGAAGACUGUAAAAAGUGGACCUGAUUCUACUGUUUCUAUUACAUGCUCGACCUCAGGAGAGCCAAAGCCUGAGAUUACAUGGUCAAUACCCACAGCCCUUGAUUCAUCCCGCCACGAGUUCAACUCAGACAGGAGCGAACUCACCAUUAAGCCUGUUAAGAGGGAGGACAAGGGAGAGUACAUCUGCACAGCCAAAAAUAAGAUCGGAGAAAGUACUGUCACAGCCUUUCUUGAUGUCUCAGAGCAUCCUGUGGUGAUCCUGAGCCAGUCGGAAGUGAAAGUGAAGCCUGGAGAAAUGGUGGCCGUGUCCUGCAAUAUCUCAGGACAUCCCAUGCCCUCACUCCAGUGGAUUAAAAAGGGUCCCGAUGGAAACACGGGCUUCAGCAGCAGCGGCCGAAUAAAAGUGCAGGGAUCGGAUCUUAUCAUAGAGAAGGUGGCGCCAUCUGAUGGUGGUCUGUAUUCUUGCAUUGCCAACAGUAGCUCAGGAAUCAAAGAGGAAGACUUCAGUUUGCAGACCUCGCCAGGCAAGCCGUCCCAAGUGUCAGUAAAUCCAGGAGCUGCUGCAGCUAGUUUCAACCUGAGCAAAGCUGUGGUGGAUGGUGGCUCCACCAUUACUGCUUACAUCCUCCAGUGGAGGCAAGACCCUCAGCAGAAGUGGAACGAAAUGGUCAUCAACUCCACUGAUCCUCUGGUUGCUACCCCUUUGUUGCCCUACUCUGAAUAUUCCUUUCGCUUGGCUGCCCGAAACAUUGUUGGACAGGGAGAGUUUUCUGAUAUCUCCAAUGCCCGGACAUUGGGAGAACGCGAACCAGACAAACCUUUCCUAACAGACAAAGAAAUAAAGUUUGAGGAGAACAUUGCUAGACUUCCCUUCAAGCAACUAGACACUGGUGGAUCCCCCAUCAGUUUCUAUACGGUGCACUAUAAAGCGGAUAAGGAUGACGAGUGGAGAGAAAAGGACCUGCUCCCAAACGCCACAGAGAUCUAUCUCCACGACCUGCAGUACAGCUCUGAUUACCAACUGAAGAUUGUUGCUCACAACCCCAAUGGCCCGUCCAUGCCUGCCAUGCUUAACUUCACCGUCCCACAAUCCAGUGCAGUUAGUAAACCUGGUUUGGGGAAGGGUGGUGUGGUUGGCAUUGUGAUGCUGGUAUUCCUGGUGCUGCUCAUUGCUGUGGAUGCCACGUGUUGCUAUACCAACCGCUGUGGCAUGCUAAUGUUCCUGGCAGUGAAGCUGUUUGGACAGAAAGUCCCAGGGUCAAAGGUCAUGGAGGAGGGGGAUGGCAACGGCACAGCAAUUGACAUGAAGGUGAAUGGGCUAGCAUCUCCACGUGGUAGCAUCCCAAAACAGCAGGCCCAAAACAGCGCACCUCCAGGGGUACAGUCAGAAGUCACCUGUGACAAAGCGCCCCUCACCAAAUUUGAGAAAGCGCCAGCCAACGGAGACCCAACCACAGAUGCCUGAGUGUCCUCACAGAGACUGAUGUGAUUGCAUGUGAAUGGCCACAACAAGAAUUCUGAGCAGCAGAAACUGCAAAUAGCAGAGCCCAGUGUAAUUGCAAUAGUAAAACUUGGAAGCCAAAAGAUGGCAGAGUUAAGUAAGGUCGCUUUAACCCUGCGGAUAUCAAAAGCUUAUUAUCCUUACACACCCUUACAGAUUUAUUUUCUUGUUCAGCCAUUAUCAAAACACAAACAAUUUAAUUGUAUUUACACAUCUUUACAUUACAUUAAUACUCUUCAUAUAUUUAUGUGUCAGAAUACAUUUAUUGACCGAACAUUUAGAUUUUGCAGUUCUGUACAGGACUUAUUUUGCAUCUCAGUAUUAACUUUGUACUUCCUUUUAUGCAUGUACCAAGAUUCUAAGAUUGUACAGUUAACAUAGAUAGUCUUACCAAAUAUUGUACAGUUAAAAUAUACAUUCAAGACUUUAUACUGUAAAUUAUUUGUACAUACCAUAUUUUUUCUUUAUUUUACUUUCAUUACAGAAGAAGAGAGUUAAAAUGUAUUGAAAAAUGUAUUGUUAUAUACACAGGAGAGGUGUUAAACUCCUAGUGCUACAGUAGGUAGGAGAUUUAACACAGCAGCCAAUCAACAACCAAGCCUAUUUAAUAUUAAAAACAAAAUAUAUAUAUAUAUAUGUUGUGGCGGCUGCAUGG